GCAGCCUCGCCAUAAUGCCACAGCGAGGCGCGACGCAGUCUGCCUUUGCGGCGGCGACAAUGUCGCUGCUGCUGCUGUGUUCCAGCGCACGCGCCGGCAGACUGGCUGCGGCGUCGGAUGCGGCAGCCUCGCACAGCGCGUUCGUAAACAACCGUUAUACGGCCAUCGCCAGCAGCGGCAGCAGCGGCGGCGUGGAGGACAUGCAUCAGAACCAGCAGCACCGCCGCCUGCUCACGACCCGUUUCGUUGGGCACCCGCUGCCGCCGCGCCACCCGCCUAUCCCCGCCUACGGCUCCCCUAGCCCCAGCUACGGCCCCGGCUAUGGCGCCUCGCCUCCUCCGCCCACCUAUGCCGGCCAGCCCCAGGCGCCCUCCCCGCCGUCACCUGCCCCCCCGCCCAUGCUGGAUGCCCCGUUCUUCGCCCAGCCGCCUCCAGUGAACGCACCGCCCCCGGAGAUCCACCUCAGCCCUCCGGAAGCCGCGACGCCGUCGUCCACUCCUGCAUUGAAUGAACCACCCUCGCCAACCCCAGCCGGACUGGAGCCCAGCCCGCCCUCGCCUGGAGCUAGCCCGGGCCCCAGCCCCUCGCCUGAGGCUAGUCCCAGCGCCAGCCCCUCACCUGAGGCUAGCCCCAGCCCGAGCCCCUCACCUGAGGCUAGCCCCAGCGCCAGCCCCUUGCCUGUGGCGAGCCCCAGCUCUAGCCCUGAGGCUAGCUCCAGCCCCUCACCUGAUGAGGCUUGUCCCAGCCCCAGCCCCUCACCUGAGGCUAGCCCCAGCCCCAGCCCCAUGCCCUCACCUGAGGCUAGCCCCAGCCCCAGCCCCUCACCUGAGGCUAGUCCCCGCCCCAGCCCCUCACCUGAGGCUAGCCCCAGCGCCAGCCCCUCGCUUGAGGCUAGCCCCAGCCCCAGCCCCUCGCCUGAGGCUAGCCCCAGCCCCAGCCCCUCGCCUGAGGCUAGCCCCAGCCUCAGCCCCUUGCCUGUGGCGAGCCCCAGCUCUAGCCCUGAGGCUAGCCCCAGCCCCUCACCUGAGGCUAGUCCCAGCCCCAGCCCCUCACCUGAGGCUAGCCCCAGCCCCAGCCCCAGGCCCUCACCUGAGGCUAGUCCCAGCCCCAGCCCGUCGCUUGAGGCUAGCCCCAGCCCCAGCCCCAGCCCUGGCCGUUCGCCUGGAGCUAGCCCUUCGCCCCGCCCUAGCCCCAGCCCUGAGGCUAGCCCCAGCCCCAGCCCUUCGCCUGUGGCUAGCCCCAGCUCUAGCCCUGAGGCUAGCCCCAGCCCCUCACCUGAGGCUAGCCCCAGCCCGAGCCCCUCACCUGAGGCUAGCCCCAGCGCCAGCCCCUUGCCUGUGGCGAGCCCCAGCUCUAGCCCUGAGGCUAGCUCCAGCCCCUCACCUGAUGAGGCUUGUCCCAGCCCCAGCCCCUCACCUGAGGCUAGCCCCAGCCCCAGCCCCAUGCCCUCACCUGAGGCUAGCCCCAGCCCCAGCCCCUCACCUGAGGCUAGUCCCCGCCCCAGCCCCUCACCUGAGGCUAGCCCCAGCGCCAGCCCCUCGCUUGAGGCUAGCCCCAGCCCCAGCCCCUCGCCUGAGGCUAGCCCCAGCCCCAGCCCCUCGCCUGAGGCUAGCCCCAGCCUCAGCCCCUUGCCUGUGGCGAGCCCCAGCUCUAGCCCUGAGGCUAGCCCCAGCCCCUCACCUGAGGCUAGUCCCAGCCCCAGCCCCUCACCUGAGGCUAGCCCCAGCCCCAGCCCCAGGCCCUCACCUGAGGCUAGUCCCAGCCCCAGCCCGUCGCUUGAGGCUAGCCCCAGCCCCAGCCCCAGCCCUGGCCGUUCGCCUGGAGCUAGCCCUUCGCCCCGCCCUAGCCCCAGCCCUGAGGCUAGCCCCAGCCCCAGCCCUUCGCCUGUGGCUAGCCCCAGCUCUAGCCCUGAGGCUAGCCCCAGCCCCUCACCUGAGGCUAGCCCCAGCCCGAGCCCCUCACCUGAGGCUAGCCCCAGCGCCAGCCCCUUGCCUGUGGCUAGCCCUAGCCCCAGCCCUGACGCUAGCCCCAGCCCCAGCCCCUCGCCUGAGGCUAGCCCGAGCCCCAGCCCCUCACCUGAGGCUAGCCCCAGCCCCAGCCCCUCACCUGAGGCUAGUCCCCGCCCUAGCCUCAGCCCUGAGGCUAGCCCCAGCCCCAGCCCCUCGCUUGAGGCUAGCCCCAGCCCCAGCCCCAGCCCUGGCCGUUCGCCUGGAGCUAGCCCUUCGCCCCGCCCUAGCCCCAGCCCUGAGGCUAGCCCCAGCCCCUCGCUUGAGGCUAGCCCCAGCCCCUCGCCUGAGGCUAGCCCCAGCCCCAGCCCCUCACCUGAGGCUAGUCCCAGGGCAAGCCCCAGCCCUGGCCGUUCGCCUGGAGCUAGCCCUUCGCCCCGCCCUAGCUCCAGCCCUGAGGCUAGCCCCAGCCCCAGCCCCAGUGCCAGCCCCGGCCCCAGCCCCGGCCCCGCGGCUAGCUCACCUAAUCCCCGCGCGGUCCCUCUACCUUCGCCAUUGUAUGGUGGCACGCAGUCUAGCUUGCCGCCCUCCCCGCCUACACCGGAGUCGCAGCACAGCGAUACUCCCAGCCCUCAGUCUCCCAGCCUUAUCCCCAGUCCUUCCUCACCGCCACCUUCACCCGUCGACGAGGGAGUGCUUCCCGCUCUUCCUUCACCUGCUGCACCUUCGCCCUCGCCCCCUUCACCGUCACCUCCCUCGCCGCAGCCCCCUACGCCUCCUUCACCUGGUUCGGAGGAAGCAGCACCGUCUCCCUCACCUCCCUCUCCCGCUCCGCCCUCACCGUCUCCUCCCUCGCCGCAGCCCCCUACGCCGCCUUCACCUGCCCCCUACGCCUCCUUCACCUGGUUCGGAGGAAGCAGCACCGUCUCCCUCACCUCCCUCUCCCGCUCCGCCCUCACCGUCUCCUCCCUCGCCGCAGCCCCCUACGCCUCCUUCACCUGGUUCGGAGGAAGCAGCACCGUCUCCCUCACCUCCCUCUCCCGCUCCGCCCUCACCGUCUCCUCCCUCGCCGCAGCCCCCUACGCCUCCUUCACCUGGUUCGGAGGAAGCCGCACCGUCUCCCUCACCUCCCUCUCCCGCUCCGCCCUCACCGUCUCCUCCCUCGCCGCAGCCCCCUACACCUCCUUCACCUGGUUCGGAGGAAGCCGCACCGUCUCCCUCACCUCCCUCUCCCGCUCCGCCCUCACCGUCUCCUCCCUCGCCGCAGCCCCCUACACCUCCUUCACCUGGUUCGGAGGAAGCCGCACCGUCUCCCUCACCUCCCUCUCCCGCUCCGCCCUCACCGUCUCCUCCCUCGCCGCAGCCCCCUACACCUCCUUCACCUGGUUCGGAGGAAGCCGCACCGUCUCCCUCACCUCCCUCUCCCGCUCCGCCCUCACCGUCUCCUCCCUCGCCGCAGCCCCCUACACCUCCUUCACCUGGUUCGGAGGAAGCCGCACCCCCCCUACGCCUCCUUCUCCCUCGCCGCCCUCGCCCUCACCGCCUUCGCCUGCACCACUCUCACCCACGCCGCCCUCGCCAUCGCCUCCGUCCCCCUCGCCCCCGUCACCCGCUCCGCCCCCCUCCUCCGCCGGCUACUUCGAGCUGAUCGAAACCUUGACGGCCCCCAAUGUGGCCCUCGCGAUGGCCAACAUCCCCUACACGCGCCGAUACUGGUUCCUGGAGCGCGCCUAUGGGCCCGGAGAGCCCGUCCCUGUUGUCUUCGCGGAGCCCAACACCGGCACUCUGAACUUGGAUACUGGCGAGAAGCUCAAGUACAACGCAAUCUACAACCCCGGCUGCUCCGGCACCAUCAUCCUGCCUGACGGGCAGCUGCACACCUUCGGCGGCGACGUCCUCAGCCCGGUGCGCAACCUGCAAGACGGCCGCAACAAGAUCAUGGCCUUCAACGCCGCCACGUCAUCCAGCACCGUGCUGACCAACAUGCAGUGGAACCGUUGGUACCCCUCCCCCAUCGUGCUCAGCAGCGGCAAGGUGUUGAUUGUGGGCGGCUCCAACGCCUGCCUGCUGCCGCCCACCUGGCCCGUCGCUGAGUUGUGGGACCCGGCGGCGCCUGCAAGCCCCACCGUGAACGUCACCAUGCCCGCCAACUUUGUCAAGUACAUGGGACUCUACAACUGGUACCCUUUCAUGCAGCUGCUGGCCAAUGGCGACAUCCUGUGGUUUGUUGAGAAGGGCGGUGCCAUCACGGAUGGCAACUUCAACCACAUUGUGGACCUGCCGCCCUUCCCGGCCUCAAUCACGCAUUGCACCAUGUUCCCGAAGACCUCGUCCAUCUCGGUCCUGGCCAUGGGACCGCCCACCUACGACCUCAGCUUGGUCAUCUUCGGAGGCGGGGAUUGCAACGGGAGUCCCACGACUCAGAUCAUCUCCUCCCCGGCCGCCAGCACCAGCCUGCGACUCGACAUCACCAAGUGCGGCUCGAGCUACUGCUUUACCAAGGGUUGGGAGGUUGAGGACAUGCUGGGUGUUCCGCGAGUGAUGGGCGACUCCACUCUGCUGCCCAACGGCAAGGUGCUGCUGCACGGAGGAGCGCAGUUUGGCGGCGCCAACGCGGGUGCGGGCUGGUCCACCAAGGCCAACUUCCAGUCGUUGAUGUACGACCCGUACAAGCCAGUCGGGCAGCGGUACAGCAAGAUGGACUUUGCGCCCAUAGCGCGCGUCUAUCACUCCGCCAACUGCCUUGACCCCAGCGGCAAGGUGCUGGUGGCGGGCUGCGAGAACUGCGGAGCCUACCAGCAGCUGGCCCCGGGUAUGUCACUGAGCCCGGACACACCGCUGGAGCACCGACUGGAGUGGGCCGUACCCGCGGAGAUCGCGCCGGGAGUGAACCGGCCCGCCAUCGUCACUGCGCCGGGCUCCAUCACCCGUGGCAGCACCAUCACCAUCUCCUACUCCUACCCGGGCGUUGACUUCAUUACUGGCGCGGUGCUGGUGGCGCCCUGCGCAUGCACCCACUCCCUCAACAUGAACCAGCGCGUCAUUUUUCUGGAGGCCCAGCCCGGCGGCACACCGGGGCAGGUGCUCGUGGAGGCGCCUCCGCCGGGUCUGUUCGGGCAGGCGCUGCUGGGUCCGCACCUGCUGUUCCUGCUGGGGGCCGGGGGCACCUACAGCGAGGGCGUGUGGGUCACAGUUGCGGCCUAGGCCCGGACCCGAUACAGCUGAGAAGAGGUGAUGAUGCGAGACGCGCGCCGCAGACAUAUGCAUGCACGGCAAGCGCGCGGUCUCGGCUGUACGUGAAUGAGAAGAAUCCAUCCAACCCAGCCCGAUUUUUGGUCUUCCCUACAACGUACGUACGGAACACUGGUUGUGCUGCAUGACCGGCUUUCACGAAGAAUUCCGCAUGCAUCACUGCUCUUCAUUAAAAUGCCGUCAACUGCAUAGAAAUACCCCGGAGUGGAUUUGUGAAUGGCCACGGCUGCGGAAGCUGAACGACACUUUGACUACCGUAUGUGCUCUGACGUUGGUGAUGCAUGAGGAAGACAAGAGGGUUUUAGAGAGAGGAAAUUGCCUGGAUUGGAGAUAGCAUACAUUUGGUAAAGCGAGUUACAUGACACUGCACCCAAAGGUCUAGUAACCGCGCCACGUGGAAAUCCCAAUGUGAUGGGGUCGGGUUGCGAUGGCGCCAGUUGCAAACGUCUGACAAGAAAGCUACUUGACUAGCUAAUGGAUUGCGUACUGGGGGAUUAUUGGGAUGGGGCAGCCGACUGAGGAAUGGAUGACUGCGAGGGAGGCGGAUUUGGGGCCGCAGAUUUCUGUUGUUGAGGAUUGAAGGCUGCAAUUCAAAAUUCCUGAUGUAUGGUACGGUAUCCGGGUGAUGGUUCGAGGAUGGAAGGAGGCGGCGUGUGCGUGUGUGGGCGCGUAUUUAACGUUGAGCCAUCACCCUGCUGGGGAUGGUCAGCCUGAGCUGCUGGACGUGUGUCCGGCGUGCAUAGACCUGCUGGUCCUGCCGCCACCAAUUGUGCAUCCUCAUCACGUUCCCGCGUUUUUACCCCACAACCUCCCGUGUCCAUACAUGUAAUACUCCAGUCGA